CAUCAUUUCUCGCAUCCUCACGGCGUAGGCACUACGCAGGGAGAGUGGGAGAGAGGGAGCGACAGAGAGAGAGAGAGAGAGACGUGAGAGAGAAAGAGAAGCCAUUACGGAGAUUCCACACAGAGAAUCGUCAGACGGCAGAGAAAGCAUCCAAGCUUUGCAUGUAGGUCGACCGAACGCCUCGCCAAAACCACUCGAGGAGAGAAUCUGAGCAGGAAAGGCUGAUCACGAAAAUCCAAACGUGAUAGAUAUUAAACCAGGUAUGGAGAGCCUGCUAGAUAACCCAAUGAAAGCCGUGCUGUAUCUGAAGGAACUCACCACCAUCGUGCAGAAUCAGCAGAGCCUGAUCCAGACGCAGCGCCAGCGUAUCGACGAGCUCGAGCGGAAGGUGGAGGACCUCAUUGGGGAAAACCGCCAUCUGCGGGACCCCCAUCAGUCCUAUCACCACCACCACCACCCGUCUCCCCGCAGUACAAGCCCUCAGCCACCCGUCCACCUGCACCAGCAUCCAGGGGGCAACAAAGCCGGGGUUCAUCCUAGCCAGCAACCGCAGCAGGUCGCUUCUUUAACGGCACAGCCUCCGCAGCAUCCUCCCCCUCCGACGCCUCCAGUUCACCAUCCGCAGCAACUGCAGCUGGUGCCCACCUCCCCGCCGUCUCCAAAAGCGGGCCAGAGCAGCCCCGACUCAGCGGAAGAGGACAAGAAAAGCCCGGCAUGCUGCAAGUCCCUGGUCCCGCAAACACCUACGACUCUGUGCCGCUCCGUUGGACUUGCCAGGAAAGCAGAGAACCAGACUGUGCUGCACCAGUUCUGCUGCCCGGCCCCAGAGGCCCCCGAGGGGGAGUCCUCGGCCUGUGUCCCCAGCGACGACCUUCCUCCAGACUCACCCUCAGGUGAGGAGGGAAAGAGAGAGGGAGAAGGGGAGCUCCAGCCCCAGGUCCAACCCCAGCAGCCUGAGCUCCAGGCCCAGCCCCAACCUGAACCCCAGCCUCAGCCUAAACCCGAGGGCACGAGCGUGGGCGAAACACAGCAGGAGGUCACCCCCGCGGCCUCCCGCUCACCAAGCGGAGGGGAACUCGAGCAGGAGGAGGGAGAGCGAGGAGAUAAGGAGGAGGAGGAGAUAAAGCAGAACAAGGUGGUGGAUUCGCAGCAGGAGCAGCAGCAUGAGGGGGAGGCAGCAGUAGAGGCUGAGGUGGAGGAGGAGGAGGAUGGGGCAGAGGCCCGGGGGGGAGCGGCGGGGAGGAGGGCCAGCCUGCACCACACAGCUUCCCCCAUGAGGGUGCAGCGCAACGGGGCCUGCUCGCACUCCACCACCUCCGACUACGAGCUCUCGCUCGACCUCAAAAACAAGCAGAUCGAAAUGUUAGAGCACAAAUACGGCGGCCACCUCAUCUCCCGCCGCGCUGCCACCAAGAUCCAGACCGCCUUCCGCCAGUACCAGCUCAGCAAGAACUUCGAGAAGAUCCGCAACUCCCUGCUGGAGAGUCGCCUGCCGCGGCGCAUCUCCAUGCGCAAGGUGCGCGUGCAGAACGCUGAGGGCUUCUCCGCCGAGCGGGCGCUGGCCGAAGGCUGCAGCCUGGCGGGUAUCCCCCUAGUGCGCUCGCCAUCACUGCCCGCCACAGUGGGCGGCACCCUGACCGACUUGGAGGACUCAUUCACAGAGCAGGUGCAGUCGUUGGCAAAGUCCAUCGACGACGCACUCAGCAACUGGAGCCUGAAGACCAUGUGCUCCCUCCAGGAAGGAGGGGCCUACCAGUUCAGUGCAGAGUCCUUCAGUGCGGCCGGAGGGGAAGUGGGAGGAGGAGGGUUGGACCAGGCUUUUCUCCAGAGCAUGUCAGGUGGGGAGAAUACAGGCGACCUGCCCCGCAGCGCCAGCAAGCUGCUGAUGGCCUUCCGCGACGUGACCGUUCAGAUUGACAAUCAGAACUUCCGCAUGUCCUCCUCCGUCAUGGAGUCAUCAGCCUCUGUCUCCAUGGGCAACUGCGUCCAGCAGCAGCAGGGGGGUGCAGCCACCACCCCCACCAUGCCCACCGCUCCCCCGCCCUCACCCCCUAAAAAACACUCCCCUCCUCCCCCUGAAGAGGUCCCCACCGAACCCACAGACCCUCCUGUCCCUCCCCACGAGCCCCCUCCGCCCCCGGAACCAGUGGUAGAAGGAGAGGGGCAGGACGCCGACUUCCCUGCGCCCCCGCCCAGUGAAGAGGAGCUAGAGGAGGAGGAGGAGGGCCAGCAACCCCCCUUGACCCCCCUGGACAAACUAGCCAACCCACAGACCCCGGAGGUGGUCGUCCAGCCCUUCCAGCCACCUCAACCCCAGGAUGGUGCACCCUCAGUGGCAACCCCAUCCACCGAGGCCCUGGAGGCCAAGCGGAGCGGCUCGGAAACGGCUGAAACCAGUUCCGAGCAGAUAAGCUGCAGCAACAGCACUUCCACAGAGGCACGCUCGGCAUCGGAGGCCUCAUCCAAGGAGGCCCUGCAGGCCAUGAUCCUCAGCCUGCCGCGCUACCACUGCGAGAACCCGGCCAGCUGCAAGUCGCCCACACUCUCCACUGACGUCAUGCGCAAGCGCCUCUACCGCAUCGGCCUCAACCUUUUCAAUGUUAACCCUGAUAAGGGUCUCCAGUUCCUGAUCUCACGAGGUUUCAUCCCGGACACGCCCAUAGGUGUGGCUCACUUCCUGCUUCAGAGGAAGGGCCUGAGCAGGCAGAUGAUUGGAGAGUUCCUGGGAAACAGCAAGAAGCCCUUCAACAGAGACGUCCUAGAUUGUGUGGUGGAUGAGAUGGAUUUCUCAGGGAUGGAGCUGGACGAGGCUCUGAGGAAGUUCCAGGCUCACAUCAGAGUCCAGGGAGAGGCCCAGAAGGUGGAGAGACUGAUCGAGGCCUUCAGUCAGCGGUACUGCAUGUGUAACCCGGACGUGGUGCAGCAGUUCCACAACCCCGACACCAUCUUCAUCCUGGCCUUCGCUAUCAUCCUCCUCAACACAGACAUGUACUCACCCAACAUCAAGCCUGACCGCAAGAUGAUGCUGGAGGACUUCAUACGCAACCUCCGAGGUGUGGAUGACGGAGCUGACAUCCCCAGAGACAUGGUGGUGGGCAUCUAUGAGAGGAUCCAACAGAGAGAGCUGCGCUCCAAUGAAGACCACGUCACCUACGUCACCAAGGUGGAGCAGUCCAUUGUGGGCAUGAAGACAGUUCUGUCUGUUCCCCACAGAAGAUUGGUGUGCUGUAGCCGUCUGUUUGAGGUGACGGACGUCAACAAGGCCCAGAAACAGGCAGCCCACCAGAGAGAAGUCUUCCUCUUCAAUGACCUUAUCGUGAUCCUGAAGCUGUGUCCGAAGAAGAAGAGUUCAGCAGCCUACACCUUCUGUAAAGCCCUGGGCCUCCUGGGCAUGCACUUCACACUGUUUGAGAACGAGUACUACCCCCAUGGCAUCACCAUCAUCUCACCCUUCGGCUCAGACAAGAAGCAGGUGCUCAACUUCUGUGCUCAGAGCGCCGAGGAGCUGCUCAAGUUUCUAGAAGAUCUGAAGGAGUCCAUUGCUGAGGUGUCAGAGAUGGAACAGAUACGCAUUGAAUGGGAGUUGGAGAAACAACAGGGCUCGAAGGGAGUGUCAGCUAAGAACAAUGGCACUCUGGAGCUACGCAGCAAACAGGGCUCCCCGUCAGGCAAGCAGGACCUGGAUGAGAACAGUGGACACAAUGCAGUGGAGGUGUCAAUUCACAACAGGCUUCAUACGUACCAGCUCAGCAGCAGCGGGAGCUUGCCCAGGAGCCCCGAGAGUGUUGGAGCCCUUCUUAACCACCGGGGGGAGCUCUUGCAGCAGCCGCAGCUUCAGUCAGCCGCUGGCACCCCCCUCCACCACCUGCAACAGCUCCAGCCAAUCAGCAUGGGCGACCUUCGGCCCGACACGCUCAUCCAGUGCCAGCAGAUUGUCAAGGUGAUCGUCCUGGACAACAGCGGCCAUGGCCGCGUGGAGGCCUUCCUCAGCCACACCCCCACCCACGCCCAUCAUCAUCACCAUGCCCACCACCACCAGGUCAUCCGGUCGGCCACCUCCACUCCUGUGAGGUCGCCAGAGAGCAAGGACGGUCACCAGCCCCCCUUACCCCCUCCUCCUCCCCCCUACAACCAUCCCCACCAGUACAUCCCCCCGGCGGACCCCCGCCUCAGCCUCCAGAGGACCCCAAGUGGCUCUCAAAGCCUGCUGUAAAUAAGAGACCAAUGAACCAAUGACCCUCACCCACCUGACCUCACCCCAACCUCACACCUCACUCCCAACCUCAGCCCAACCCCACCCACCCCGCCCACGUCACUAACAGAACAUAUGUACAUGCUAUACAUACAGAGACAGAGCUAUAAAAAAAAGAUAACACAUCUAUAUGCAUAUAUUUAAGGAAAUAACAACAAAAGAUGAAUCGAGGUAAAGAUUUGAAAGGAGGUGUGUGAUAACGUCAUGAGAAUAAUCCAAGUGGAAAAGAAGAUGAAUUUUACUGGAUUCCAUGUGUAUUUUCAAAUAUUAUGUAGUUUUAACAAAUUUCUAGAACAGUUUUGUCAGUUUUAACUCUUUAAAUAUAGAUCAUAUCAUUGGUUUCUUUAGUUUUCUGGAUGGAUCUUUAGUAGUUAACAAGGAAGGACGUAGUACAAAAUCCAGCACCAACCAACUAGAUUCAGAUGGAUUCCACAGACUGAAUGUCUUGGAGAUUCCCUCCAAGAUUGAACUUAAUCUAAGAACGACUUUUGUUCAGUUUUACCAUUCAUAUCCUAACCUCAUCUCUACUAUGUGUGUGUGCAUUUGAUUGACAAUGACUGAACAAUGUGUGUGCCAAAAUGACGGAAGUCUCCACCAAACGGACUACUUUGUACUCGGCUAGAAGAAAACUAGAAGAACUCAGAAUCUCCUCCACUCUCACCUCGAGGAGUACCCUACAUGUAAAAAUAAUUACAGCUAGCGAUAUUUCAGUGCAACCUGUCUCCUUUUUUGCAAUGUGGUGGAUUUAUUCAUUGAAAUGGGAGACUGCUGUCUCUCUUUCUCCCCCUCUCUCUCUCUCUCUCUCUCAAUCUCUCUCUGUUUCUCGUCUCUCUCUCUCUCUUUCUCCCCCUCUCUCUCUCUAUC